AUGACAGAGCAAUCCGCUGAUCAACUUACUCGCCUAAAAAUUGGCUUAACUAAUCUCCUACACAUCCCUCCUCAAAAGCUCCUCUCACCACCUUCGCAACCGCGGCGCGCGAGUGUAGCGAUAAUAAUACGAAUACGACCUCAAAAGCCGUAUACCGCUGCUCAAAUUCCCGUGUUCACUCUUGAUGACUUUUUCAAUCAACCCUGGAUAUCUCGAGGUGACCCGGAAAUCUUGUACAUGAAGCGUGCGUUAAGAGAAGGGGAUCGAUGGAGCGGGCAGGUCGCAUUCCCAGGCGGAAAGCAAGAUCCAGAGGACAAGGAUGACUUGGACACGGCAGAACGAGAGACAUUUGAGGAAGUUGGAUUAGAUUUGGGAGAUUCGAAAAAAUUCAUCUGUGUCGGUGCAUUAGACGAUCGAGAGGUUACAACUACUUUUGGAAAGCAACUGCUGAUGAUCUUGUGUCCUUUUGUUUUUCUGCAAAUAACUCCCGACGAUCUUCCAAUCGAAAUAUCAGGUUCAGAAGUAGACUCUACACAAUGGAUCCCAUUGCGCAUAUUCUUUGACGAAAAGUUGACCCAACUAUGGAAUCCAGUGUCGGUCGACAUUUCAUCUCGUCUUGCUCCGAAUUCUUUAUUAUUACAAACUGUAUUGAUGACCCUAACAGGUCGAUUGCAUUUCCAUUGUAUUAAAUUGCCGUUUGUCGGCGGCGUCAAUGGGACUACAAAGAUGCAUUUGGAUUUAUGGGGAUUGACUCUGCAGAUGACAAGUGAUUUAAUUGAUUUAAUGUUCCGUGAGAAUGAAGCACCACAAAGGCGGUUAGAUGCAAUCAGGCCGAAAUUUGAUUACUGGGAUGUCAAUUUCUUUACUUGGUGUUUUUUACGAAAUAAUAGAAUAUCAUAUAAAGACAAGAAGUUGGAUCUGGCAAGGAGGAGGGUCAGUUGGGCAGGCGGAUGGUCAGACUACUACAGUGCAUUACGGAAAGCUUUGUUAAUAUGCAUCUUUGUCCGUACCAUAGUCACUUUAUUUUUAUUAGGAGGAACCUUUCAAUAUUUUUUCAAGGGGUAA